AUGUUUCAACCAAACCAAAGCCAAAUAAAAUAUCACAACCCAUUUGGCACUACUUCGGCUAUCCUCUUCUCCCAAUAAUAAACAUCCAGAGAUAAAUUCAUACAAUAGAGAGAUGGGUCUGAAAACAAACAAUACCCAGGGUCUUAAAUUGUGUAUGGUCCCAAAAUGAAGAUAGUUCCAUCUGCUCAAACAACCACAGCGUUUCGUAAAAUAUCCAAAGAUCUCAAUAUCACCAUAGAAGAACCAGGCAAUCAACAUUAACCUUUGCGUUAACCAUCUCCAAACAUGAAGAAAUAGCGAGAAUAAAUGGAAAAGGAUUGGAAUAAGUUAAUUGAUAAAUCUAAGAUACUCCAAGAAAACCUAGUGUUACUCAAAAAUAGCAUUAGUAUAAAUCUGACCAAAAAACUACCAGAUUAACGCUUGUCAAAAGAAUCUACAUCAACUGCAACUGGUCUUUCUUCCAGAUUGAAGUUGUAAAAAGUGAAUAUUAAUUGCAAACUCAAUUCACCAUUCAAAAUACAAACAAAGCAAGAACUCAGUAAGAGUUUAAGCCAAAACACAUUUACAAAUUUAAAAUAUGUACCUAAUCCAGUUAAAAAUGCAACAAAUAAUAAUAAUAGCAUUAUGACACUUACAAAUAAUUCUAGCAUCCGAAAAUCUUAAGAUUCCUUUACUCUUUAACAAAAAGUCCCAUCUCAAUUCCCAUACCCAAAACAAACAUCUAAUCUGUAUAAGUCGAUUGAAUAAAAACUAAAUUUUAAAAUUAGUUCAUUUUUGGGAAGAGGGAAAUUCAGUGAUGUCCAUAUGGCUAUUGAUAAAAGAUCUGGAUUAAUAUUUGCACUCAAAAUCAUUAAAAAAUAAACAGUCGUUGAACAUGCAAUGCAAGAACAAUUGGCUAGGGAAAUUGGCAUCCAAUCCAAAUUAUCACAUCCAAAUAUAGUCAAAAUGUAUGGAUAGACUUAUGACGAUUCACAUAUUUACAUGAUGUUAGAAUUCUGUAAUAAUGGAGAACUAUUCUAACAUUAAUACAAGUAACCUAAUAAGAGAUUUAAUGAGAAGGAUGCUAGUACUUUUAUAAUGCAAAUAUUAUCAGCCAUUCAAUAUAUGCAUAAAUAAGGGUAUAUGCAUAGAGACUUGAAGACUGAAAAUAUCCUAAUGUCCCUUAAUUAUGUCAAACUUUGUGAUUUGGGAUGCGUUAGAGAAAUCCCAUCAAAGGAGGACAGGAGAAAUACCUUUUGUGGAACUGUUGACUACAUUGCCCCUGAAGUAAUUAAAGAUAAAGGAUAUGAUGAAAGAUGUGAUGCUUGGCAAGUGGCUAUCCUUGCAUAUGAGCUGGUUGCUGGCAAUACUCCCUUCUCAGAAUAUCCAAGAGAUGAUGAUUCAAUUAUGGAAAAUAUACUAAAAAAUAAAUUUGAACUGCCUCAAACAUUCUCUCCAGCACUCAAAGAUUUUGUUAGAAGAGGAUUAUAAUAAAAACCUGAGAACAGAAUUACAAUUGAUUAAAUGUUAUAACAUAAAUGGAUUGUAGAUAAUAAAAAAGGAUUUGAUAAAGAAUUUAUAUUUUGA